CUUAGUCAUAGAGUCGAUGUAUUUUGUGAAUAGUAAUAUAAUCAUAUGACAUGCAAUCGUUUUUCAAACACUUGUGGUUUAAUUACGUCGCUAAUUUUAUUAUUUACGUUAGGUAGCCGCACCUACGUAAUUAGACUCACAGUUUUUAACAUAACGUUGAUUAUGAUGGUAAUCAACGGGAUUGGCUUCCAAUCGCUUAAAAUUCUGUAAUGGACAAUCUAGACCACUUUUAUUUUAUUUCAAUAAUUAAAAGUUGUAACUAAAUUAUGCAGUCAUCUGAUUUUAAUCGUUUGUGUGAUAACACUUAUUCCAAAAAACACUCAGCUUUACAUUUAAAAAAAAAUAACAGAGGUGCUUUUGCUGUCGUAAUUUUAUCGGGCAUUAUAAUAGUUAUUUUCGCUAUUUAUUAUUCAAUAUGGGGCCAAGAAUCAAGGAAAAAAAAUUCUUUAGAACUUGUUAUAAUUAUUUGUAGGCAGGGAGAUCGAAGUCCAUUACAAUGGGAAACAUAUCCAAAUGAUUUGUAUCCACCAUUAGGGGAAGGAAUCUGGCCUGAUGGUCUUGGACAACUUACAAGUGCAGGAAAAAUUAGAUCUUAUGAAUUUGGCCAACGCUUUAAGAAGCGUUAUUCUAAAUUUCUUCCAGCUGCCUUCAAUAGUAGUUAUAUUUUAGUUCAAACCACAGACACUGAUCGUACAUCAAUGACAGCUUCAACAUUUUUAACUGGUGCUUUUCCUCCUAUUGGAAAACAAAUUUGGAAUAAAGAUAUACAUUGGAUACCAAUACCAGUUCAUUCUAUAUCAUCUGAAAAGGACAAUUUAUUAAGAAUAACUAAAUCAUGCCCUAAGUAUGAUUUAGAAUUUGAAAAAGCUAAGAACAGUACUGAAAUAGAAAUGUUUAAAAAGCAUGAAGUCUUUUUAAAAUAUUUAUCUAGUCACUCUGGUAUGGAAAUUAAACAUCUUACAGAUGUUGAAAAUAUUUACAACUCUUUAAAUAUACAACAAAGAAAUCAUAUGACUUUACCAUCAUGGGCAAAAAUUAUAAAUUGUAUGAGUAAAAUGGAAGAAAUAGUUUUAGAAUGGUAUAAAACUCAUUCUAAAACAGAAUUUAUGAAAAAAAUUAGAUCUGGUAAACUUAUAGGAGAAAUAGUGAGAAAUAUGCGUGACAAAAUGGAUGGUAGGUUGAAUCCUAAUAGAAAAAUGUUUGCUUACUUUAGCCAUGAGUUGACAUUAAUUGAUUUUUUCAAUACUUUGGGCAUGAAAAAUUCUUUUAAACCUGGUUAUGGGGCAGCAGCUAUUGUAGAGCUUCAUAAAAUAAAAAAAGAAUACUAUGUCAAGUUGUUGUAUUCAAAAAGUUAUGACAGUCCAGAUUUCUUAUCCUUAGAGACAGAAAGUCAAACUAAUUUUUUACCAACUUUAGAAGAAUUUAAUGUCGCCACUGUAAAUUAUGUACCAGAAAAUUGGGAUAAGGAUUGUCAACAUUAGUCACUAAUUUAAAAAUUUAGUUAAAAAUAAUGUAUACCAUUAAUAAUUAUUUAUUCGUUAAUAAUCUAUUGACAAACUAAUAAAAUUCUUAGUUUAAUUUUUAA